AUGGAGCGUCCUACCACGGCAGCCUGGGGCAUACACAUCAACAAGGCCGACUUCGACAGGCUCAAGAAGGGCGUAGAGCCGAGGGACAUGGACGACAAGUGGCAGAUCUCUGCCGACAAGCCAGACGCGGCCGACAUCACCGUCGUCCACAUGCGCAGGAGCUGGACUGGCAAGGAGAUGUUCACGCUCAAGAUCAAGGGCAGCGAUGGGGGAGAUGGAGGAGGCAAGAUCCAGGAGAUCACCUGGGAAGUAGGUCCGGGAGACGACCCCAUUGAGGAUGAGGAAUGGGCCAAGGACCUGGCGACGGGCCUCUACCUGAAGUCGGCGCAUUGA